AACUUGCAAUCAGAACUCAGAGGUGGUUACUAGAACGGGGCUAGAGAUCAUAGAGAUGGAAGUAAAGGAGAGGAUUCAUAGAGAUUCUAUAGUUGAUUAAAUAAUGUCUAUGAUUGUAGCUAUUUAUAAAACAAGAGAGAGAGGGAGAGACAGAGUCUUCUAACUGUCAUCUAACUGCUCAUCUGACUAACAUCUAACUCCUAAAUAAUGAGUAAUUUGCAAGAUGUAUGAGUUGAGUAUGUUCUCUGAUACAUGCUUUGAGUGUAAAUUGCCCGUUUUAAUGUAUAAUUUCCACUUAUGGCAUGCAGAAAAAAAAAUAAAAGAUGUAAGUAAUGGAGAUGUAUUAGACGACUCAUAUCAUCGGUAUAAGGAGGAUAUUGGAAUCAUGAAGUAUAUGAAUUUGGAUGCUUAUAGAUUUUCCAUUUCAUGGUCUAGGGUACUACCGAAAGGAAAGCUUAGUGCAGGUGUAAACCAUGAAGGAGUAAACUACUACAACAACCUCAUCAAUGAGCUCAUGGCUAAUGGUCUGCAACCAUAUGUGAGCCUUUUCCAUUGGGACGUUCCCCAAGCCUUAGAGGAUGAGUAUGGUGGUUUUUUAAGUCCUCACAUUGUGUAAGUGAAAUCAAUUUCCUUCCAUUGU